AGGGGCCCGCUGCUCCUGCACUUCUGGCUCCCAGGCCGGCGGGCGCACUUCUUGGAUUCCUGUCUACGCUGGGCUCUCGAGCGGCGUCCCGGUGUGGCCAGCGGCGGCCCGAGGCGGCGGCGGGAUGUGCUCGGCCGGGGAGCUGCUGUGGGGCGGCGCCGGCGGCGGGGAGUGCGACGAGGACGGGGCGGCGCCGGCAGUGCGGGCGGUGGAGCGGGAGCCCGGGGCGAGCCCGCGGCGCGGGCGGCCGCAGGGCGAGGGCGAGCAGGACGUUGAAGAAUCACAGAACCACACUGGCGAACCCAUUGGAGAUGACUACAAAAAGAUGGGAACACUUUUUGGUGAACUGAACAAAAACCUCCUCAACAUGGGCUUCACCAGGAUGUACUUUGGAGAACGGAUUGUGGAACCAGUAGUGGUCAUUUUCUUUUGGCUUAUGCUCUGGUUCCUUGGCCUACAAGCCCUUGGACUGGUUGCUGUUCUUUGUCUUGUCAUUAUUUAUGUACAGCAGUAAUACAGUGGACAUUUGGUAGCCAUGUAUGUAAUUGAUAGAGCUAUACACUUGGGCUGUUUGGAAGCCAAAAUAAUUUGACAUAUUUCAUAUUGUGUACUGGCUGUUUUGUAAUUAAAAUUAUAAAUGAAUGUUCUUUAACACUCAACUCUUUGUUAUAACAAGGAUGAAUAUAUAUUUUGGCUACAUAUUAGCUUAUUCAAGCCCUUUUUCACUCCUGUGAUCUGCACCUCCCUUUCCACACCUGCUUCCCAAUGCCGAAUCUGAACAUCAGACAGGAACAGGGGACUAGCAUGGCAUGGAGUUGCAGUAAAGCUGUGCAGUUCUUCUAAAGUUCUAAUAAAAACACUUUGAAAGAAAAAGGAAAAAGUAGCUAAGAAUAAGUUUUCAUUGGAAAACUGUUCCACCUGCACCUCCACUGAAAAAUCCCAUUUUGGGGAAAUAUUUGUCUCUCUGUCAGCUCUGCAUAGUCCAAAACAAAGUAAAUGAAAACUGCCACAUGCCGCCAUAGUGCUGGGAAAAUUAAAAACCUAGCUGUUUCCUGAAACUGAAAAUAAUAUAUUUAUUAUUGUUGGUAAAGUUUUUGGGUUAAAUGUAAGUUUUUAUAUGUUAUACAUGGGCCUUCAUUACAUUGUCUGUAAAGUUCGAGAUGGCGCUGGUGCUAAUUUCUUUCUUUGAGUUUUUAGGGCUGAGCGCCUGUGAUCUUGUACCUAGCCAGCUGCAUAUUUUUCCUAGAGACAUUUUCACU